AUGCCCAUAUUCACGUCUCUUCCCUCUUCCCUCCCCAUUAACAGGGUCGCACUCACGUUGAUCCAACGCAACAUCCGCAAGUACCUUGGCAUGCGAAACUGGCCUUGGUGGCGACUCUUCACCAAAGUGAAACCGAUGCUGAAUGUAGCUCGUCAAGAGGAAGAGAUGAAGAAGGCGUUUGAAGAGCUGACCAAAAUGAAAGAGGAUUUCGAGAAGGUGGAGAAGCUGAAGAAGGAGUUGGAGGAGCAGAAUGUGACAAUUUUGCAGCAGAAAAACGAUCUCUUCCUACAACUGCAGGCGGAACAGGACAACUUGUCGGACGCUGAAGAGAAGAUAGCCAAAUUGAUUCUACAAAAGGCCGACAUGGAGCAACGAAUAAAAGAGUUCGAGGAACGCCUUGCCGACGAAGAGGCGUCUGCGGGUCAGGCAGAAGAGUCGAAAAAGAAGCUGGCCAGUGAGAUUGAAGAGUUGAAGAAAGACGUGGAAGACCUUGAAUCCUCGCUACAAAAGGCGGAACAAGAGAAACAGGUGAAGGACAACCAGAUCAAGAUGCUUCAAGGCGAACUGGCGGACAAAGACGAAGCACUGGGCAAAAUGGGCAAAGAGAAAAAGGCUCUGGAGGAACAAAACAAGCGAACCCAAGAGGCCUUGCAGGCCGAAGAGGACAAAGUGAACCAUUUGACGAAGCUGAAGCAGAAACUAGAAUCCACUCUCGAUGAGGUAUGGCUCUGCCCCCAAUUCGUACUCGUACACAUCUUCGUUAUGACACAUUUUCAGAUGGAGGAGACCAUUGCUCGUGAGCAAAAACUCCGCGGUGACGUUGACAAAGCUCGGCGAAAGUUGGAAGGUGACCUGAAGGCCACACAAGAGACGGUUGACGACUUGGAACGUGUGAAACACGAGCUUGAAGAGCAAUUGAAACGGAAGGAGGGUGAGAUUAACGGACUGAACAGCAAGUUCGAGGAUGAGCAGAGCAUUGUUGCCCAAUUGCAACGCAAGAUCAAAGAAUUGCAAACUCGCAUUCAGGAACUCGAAGAAGACCUUGAGGCAGAACGUGCUGCCCGUACAAAGUCAGAAAAAGCUCGCCAACAGGUCAGUUUUUCCCUUUUUCUUCGAGCCUCAACGAACCGUAGUCGCCUGUAG